AAACAAACACCGACAUGAGAUCGUUUGCUUUCAUAUUUUUCAGAGAGGCGUCACCCUACUUCAACUAUGACAACUAUAACACUUGGAAUCGGUAGUGUGGCUGCUGCGGGAGCCGUCGCAGCAGUUGCUGCGGGGGCAGUAGGCCUCGGAUUGGCAGCUGUGGCAAAUCUGUUCGGGGAAAGGAACAGACAUUACUACCAUGGGGUAUACCGAGGACGUCGUCAGGCUCAAGAACCAGAUGAAGAAGUAGAAGAAGGAAAAAGUGGUACAGGAGAAGAGGACGAGUCUGUUGCCCUGGAGAGGUUGCUGGAUCUCAUUCGCAGUCAGGAUGUCACAGGAUGUGGGCUGCGACUCAUGUGCGACUUGGCCAACCGUAACGAAAACGAAUUGGACGCCCUGAGGCUUGGAAUCCUUAAUCUCGUGGAGCCACUCCCUAAGCCAGGAGAGGGAAUUCUUCCCUCAGGGGGUGCAGGGGACUACAAAAUGUCCAGAUUUCAUGGCCAGUCAGGAGAGGACUGUUUUUCGCUCUACCCUUCCUGCCCACUCUCGUAG